CAUGGAGUAAGCUCACUCUUGCACACACAUACGGCGGGGGUGGUCGUGUGCAACCGCUGCAGGAGAGAGAGAGAGAGAGAUUAAGGGCGUCUUUGCCUCGUCACCGCUGUCUUGUCCCGCAGUUCCUACGCCACGAAAGACGUCGACGCCAUGCUCAACUCGCGGCUGAAUCUGGGCUUCUAUAAGUCCCAGGCGGAGAAGGCGACCAACGUCACGUACCAGAACAACCAUGUGACCAGGAACAAGCGUGGCCAGAUCCUCGGCCAGCGAGGAGGAUUCCGAGGAUGCACCGUGUGGUUCACUGGACUCUCCGGCGCAGGCAAGACGACGGUGAGCUUUGCCCUGGAGGAGUACCUGGUGUCGCGCGGCAUCCCGGCCUACUGCCUCGACGGCGACAACAUGCGCCACGGCCUCAACAAGAACCUGGGCUUCAGCGACGAGGACCGCGAGGAGAACAUCCGCCGAGUGGCCGAGGUCGCCAAGCUGUUCGCCGACUCCGGGGUGGUGGCGCUGUGCUCCUUCGUGUCGCCCUUCACCAAGGAUCGUGAACAAGCCCGAAAAAUCCACGAAGAUUCAGGCCUAAGAUUCUUUGAAGUAUUUGUGGACACACCCCUGGAGGUGUGUGAACAGAGGGAUGUGAAGGGGUUGUACAAGAAGGCAAGAGCUGGUAUCAUUAAAGGUUUCACUGGUAUUGACUCUCAGUAUGAGAAACCCGAAGCUCCUAAUGUAGUAUUGAAGACAGCACAAUGUACAGUAGAUGAAUGUGUGCAGCAAGUACUCGAAAUCUUACAGGAAUGGAGUAUUAUUCCUGAGGCAGUAAGAGAUAACCUGAAGGAACUCUUUGUCCCAGAGAACAAACUGACAGCAGCAAGGGCUGAAGCCGAGUCUCUUCCUUCAGUUAACAUAACCAAACUAGACUUACAGUGGGUGCAGGUCCUCUCUGAGGGAUGGGCUUCUCCCCUAGAUGGAUUUAUGAGAGAGAAGGAAUUUUUGCAGUGCCAACAUUUUGGUUGUUUGCUAGAUUAUGGAAUUACAAAUCAGUCCAUUCCUAUUGUGCUGCCUAUUCACACAAGUGACAAGGAGCAGUUAGAUGGGUGCUCAGCUUUCACUCUGCGAUAUGAUGGACGGGCUGUUGCUAUUAUAAGAAAGCCUGAAUUCUAUGAACAUCGCAAGGAGGAGAGGUGUGCCCGCCAAUUUGGAACAACUUGCAAGGACCACCCCUAUAUUAAGAUGAUCCUUGAGUCUGGAGACUGGCUUUGCGGAGGGGAUAUUGAGGUCUUAGAAAGGAUCAAGUGGAAUGAUGGUUUGGAUGAAUACCGUCUGACGCCCAUGGAACUAAGGGCUAAGUUCCGGCAGAUGGGUGCAGAUGCUGUGUUUGCCUUCCAGCUGCGGAACCCUGUACACAAUGGACAUGCCCUCUUGAUGCAGGAUACACGCCGUCAGCUUUUAGAGCGUGGUUACCACAACCCUGUGCUGCUCCUUCACCCUCUUGGAGGCUGGACCAAAGACGAUGAUGUGCCCCUGAAAACACGCAUGGAGCAGCAUCAUGCUGUACUAAAUGAGGGAGUGUUGGAUCCAGCAUCUACUGUCUUGGCCAUCUUCCCUUCGCCCAUGAUGUAUGCCGGACCAACUGAAGUGCAGUGGCACGCCAAGGCUCGUAUGUCAACAGGUGCUAACUUCUAUAUUGUAGGUCGUGAUCCUGCUGGCAUGCCUCACCCUGAAACUAAAAAAGAUAUCUACGAAGCCACCCAUGGUCGCAAGGUCCUCACCAUGGCCCCUGGACUAACACAGCUGGAGAUCAUUCCUUUCCGAGUAGCAGCUUAUGACAAGAUGGCCAGCAGGAUGGCCUUCUUUGACCCAGCUCGCAAAGAGGAAUUUGAGUUCAUCUCUGGCACAAAGAUGCGCACAUUAGCUCGUACUGGAGAAAAUCCUCCCGAUGGUUUCAUGGCUCCAUCAGCAUGGAAGAUUCUUAGCACAUAUUAUCAGAGUCUGAGCAAGGCAUGAAUGAAUGGGGGGUUUAGGUAAUGAGAAUCAUUAGUCCUGUAAUAUUUAUUUAAAUUAACAUCUUGUUUAGUCACACAGAAAAUGCAUAUCUUUGUUUUGAUGCAUAUCUGCAUCAUAUAUCAUUUUGGUUACAUGGAAAUGUUAUAUGGCUAAUGAUACCUCGGGAGUAUUUUCUUCAAUUUAAAGUGAAUUGUGUUCUGUACUGUGCACUUUGUGAUUGUUAACACUUGGGCAUUUACCAUAUGAGGACCACAUAGAAUGAUAAGAUAAGAAUGUGUGUAAACCAAAAGUGAAGAAAAUAAAUGUAUUGGCCUCAAUCUUUUUAAAAUUAUGGCUUAUUAAGUUGAAAAUAUACAUUUUAAGUAAGACAAGCAAAGGUUUUUAAAAAUAUAUAUUUUCAUAUUUAUUAAUAUUUAUAAAUAAUAUUCUCUCCUGUUUUUCACAAAACUGUGAUUAUUUUGAUGUAGUAAAUUGAUUUCUUGUUAUGACUGACAAUAUGCACUGUCUUAAACUGUUUAAGUUAGUCCAUUGAGAAAAUAUAUAAAUCAGGGUUUUGUGUAGGCAACUUGAUAUGACAUAUACACCCAGAAGCAGCUGAAAUGCUAGGAUGUUGUGCUAUGUAUAAAGAAGUAGAUAUAUACAGUAUUAUCAUUGCUGGAGCAUGUGUUUGAAUGGUAGAAUACAAGAUUAGAAAUAUUGCUGUGCAUUUCACAAUAGACCAGCCUGUGAGAGCUAAUUUCAUGUAAGAGCUAUAUUAUUUUUAGCUUCAGUAAAUGUGAUACAGUUUAAAGACAGCAUUCCAUACUUGGGAUUAUAUGUAUAUUCAAGCAGUAUAAUAUCUCUUUUAACAGUAUGUUCAAUGCAAAGUGUUUGAAUUUUGCACAAAUGUUAUUAGACCGUACAGUAUAUUUUAUCAGUUUAUCUGGUGUGAGUGUUAUUGCUCCAUAUUUUUACAAUUUUUUUUUUAUGUUAUCAUAUAAUUAUUAAAGUGAAUUGUUUAAAGAUUAA